UGCACUUGGGGUCAGUGCUGUAACCCCCACAAUUAAUCCCCUUCAAGCAUCUCCAAUCGCUGCCUAAACCGAACAAGCCAUACCUCCAAGCCGCAAACCCAUCUUCCCCUAACCCAAGCAAACCGCGCACCACCAUGUUCCUCACGAGGACGGAGUACGACCGCGGCGUGAACACCUUCUCGCCGGAGGGACGGCUAUUCCAGGUCGAGUACGCCAUCGAGGCCAUCAAGUUGGGAUCUACUGCAAUCGGGUUGAAGACGAAGGAUGGGGUUGUUCUUGCUGUGGAGAAACGUGUGACGUCUCCAUUGCUGGAACCUAGCAGUGUUGAGAAAAUUAUGGAAAUUGAUGAGCAUGUAGGCUGUGCCAUGAGUGGCCUUAUUGCUGAUGCAAGAACAUUGGUUGAGCAUGCUCGAGUGGAGACCCAAAACCAUAGAUUCUCAUAUGGGGAACCGAUGACAGUUGAGUCUACCACACAAGCUAUUUGCGAUCUAGCUCUUCGCUUUGGAGAAGGUGAAGAAGAGUCUAUGUCACGACCUUUUGGAGUUUCUCUCCUUAUUGCUGGUCAUGAUGAAAAUGGGCCGAGCUUGUACUACACUGACCCAUCUGGAACCUUUUGGCAGUGCAAUGCCAAGGCAAUAGGGUCAGGUUCUGAGGGUGCCGAUAGUUCAUUGCAGGAGCAGUUCAACAAGGAGCUGACCCUUCAGGAGGCUGAAACCAUUGCUCUAUCUAUCCUGAAACAGGUUAUGGAAGAAAAGGUGACUCCAAAUAAUGUCGACAUCGCCAAGGUCGCGCCGAACUACCACCUUUACACCCCUGCAGAGGUCGAAGCAGUCAUAGCACGAUUGUGAAACGAAGAUAUCUUUGUCGAAUGUCAACCAGGAUUCAUAUGUUCCUUGUGCUGUGUGUCUGACAUCCCGAUGCCUUCAAAUUAGUAGAAGCACAAUUGCUCUAUGAUAUGGACACUGAUGUUUGCCUCUUUUCGUUUGAUUAUCUUGUGUUGACAAGAAGGUGUAGAGGCCUAGCUGUUGUUGCCCUGUCACUUGCCGGCAAGGAGAUUGUACUACACCCUUUUGUUUGAUACGAAGGAUGUGUGGCAAUAGCAUGCAGUAUUUCAGCAACAACUGUUGUUUCCACCGUAUGUUUUGGAUUAUUAUUCUGUUGGACACAGCCAUUUUUCUUCA